GUGCAGUUCGUGUGAAAUUUAAAGCGCUGCAUGAAAAAUUAAGUAAAAGAGUUGAAAAUCAAAAGUUAAACCAACAAAUUUGUUGUAAAGCGAUUGAGCGAGAUCUAAAGUUUGAGCACGGGCAGACUUUGGCAUUUGAAUUUGAUGAGCAGCCGGGAGCAGUAUUAGAUUAAAUUGAAACUUUACAAAGUCAAAACCAAAAACGAACGAAGAAUUUAACGAACAGUACCCAAUAUGGAGAACUUUACACCGAAAGAGGUGAAAAUCCUCGAGACCGUUGAGGACAUUCAGGAGCGUCGUGAGCAGGUGCUUUCGCGCUAUAAUGAAUUCAAGAUUGAGACCCGGCAAAAGCGCGAGAAGCUCGAGGAUUCGCGUCGGUUUCAGUACUUUAAGCGCGACGCCGAUGAGCUGGAGUCGUGGAUACACGAGAAACUGCAAGCGGCCAGCGAGGAGAGCUACCGCGAUCCGACCAAUCUGCAGGCCAAGAUCCAGAAGCAUCAGGCCUUCGAGGCGGAGGUCUCGGCGCAUAGCAAUGCAAUUGUGUCGCUGGAUAAUACCGGCCAGGAGAUGAUCAAUCAGCAGCACUUCGCAUCGGAGACCAUACAGCGGCGCCUGGACGAGCUGCAUCAGUUGUGGGAGCUGCUGCUGAGCCGUUUGGCCGAGAAGGGCCUAAAGCUGCAGCAGGCGCUGGUUCUGGUCCAGUUUUUGCGUCAGUGCGAAGAGGUCAUGUUUUGGAUCAAGGACAAGGAGACCUUUGUGACGGCCGAUGAGUUCGGUCAGGAUCUGGAGCAUGUCGAAGUGCUACAGCGCAAGUUUGAUGAAUUCCAGAAGGACAUGGCCUCGCAGGAGUAUCGCGUCACCGAAGUUAACCAGUUGGCCGACAAACUAAUACAGGACGGUCAUCCCGAGCGGGACACCAUAACCAAGCGCAAGGAGGAGCUCAACGAGGCCUGGCAGCGGCUCAAGCAAUUGGCCAUUGUGCGGCAGGAGAAACUCUUCGGCGCCCACGAGAUUCAGCGCUUUAAUCGCGAUGCCGACGAGACAGUCGCCUGGAUAGCCGAAAAGGAUGUUGUGCUCUCCUCCGACGACUAUGGUCGUGACCUUGCCAGCGUGCAGGCUCUGCAGCGUAAGCACGAGGGCGUCGAACGCGACCUGGCCGCCUUGGAGGACAAAGUGUCCACACUGGGCGCCGAGGCGCAACGCCUGUGCUCCAUCCAUGCCGAUCACAGCGAUCAGAUACGCGACAAGCAGGCCGAGAUCGCCAACUAUUGGCAGAGUUUGACGGCCAAGGCGCAUGAGCGCAAGCAGAAGCUGGACGAAUCCUACUAUCUGCAUCGUUUCCUGGCCGACUUCCGUGAUCUGGUGUCGUGGAUCAAUGGUAUGAAGGCCAUCAUCUCGGCAGAUGAGCUCGCCAAGGAUGUAGCCGGCGCAGAGGCGCUGCUGGAGCGCCAUCAGGAGCACAAGGGUGAGAUCGAUGCGCGCGAGGAUAGCUUCAAGUUGACCACUGAAUCCGGCAGGAAACUGUUGGAGCGCGAGCACUAUGCCGCCGCCGAGAUCCAGGAGAAGCUGGCUGCUCUGGAGAACGACAAGAGCUCGCUGCUGUCGCUGUGGGAGGAUCGCCGCAUCCUGUACGAGCAGUGCAUGGAUCUGCAGCUCUUUUAUCGUGACACUGAACAGGCCGACACCUGGAUGGCCAAACAGGAGGCCUUUCUCGCCAACGAGGAUCUGGGCGAUUCACUGGACUCCGUCGAGGCGCUGAUCAAGAAGCACGAAGACUUCGAGAAGAGCCUGGCCGCACAGGAGGAGAAAAUCAAGGCGCUGGACAUCUUCGCCACCAAGCUAAUCGAUGGCCAGCACUAUGCCGCUGACGAUGUCGCGCAGAGACGACAGAUGUUGCUCGCUCGACGCGCCGCCCUGCAGGAGAAGUCGGCCAAGCGGCGCCAGCUGCUGGAGGACUCGAAUCGCUAUCAGCAAUUCGAGCGCGACUGCGACGAGACCAAGGGCUGGAUCAGCGAGAAACUCAAGUUCGCCACCGACGACAGCUAUCUGGAUCCGACCAAUCUGAAUGGUAAAAUGCAGAAGCAUCAGAACUUCGAGCACGAGCUGAACGCCAACAAGUCGCGCAUCGAGGACAUCACCAACGUGGGCAGCGAGUUGAUCGAGAAGAAGCACUAUGCCGCCGACCAGAUUAAUACGCGCAUGCAGGAGAUUGUCGUGCUGUGGGAAACGCUGGUCCAGGCCUCCGACAAGAAGGGCUGCAAGCUGAACGAGGCCUGCCAGCAGCAACAGUUCAAUCGGACUAUUGAGGACAUUGAGCUCUGGCUGAGCGAGAUCGAGGGCCAGCUGCUGUCCGAGGAUCACGGCAAGGAUUUGACCUCUGUCCAGAAUCUGCAGAAGAAGCAUGCGCUGCUCGAGGCCGAUGUAAUGGCCCACCAGGAUCGCAUUGAGAACAUCAAUGUGGCGGCCAACAAGUUCAUCGAAUCGGGACACUUCGAUGCCGACAACAUUCGCAACAAGGAGGGCAAUCUCUCGGCCCGUUAUGCCGCUCUGGCAGCGCCCAUGGGCGAACGCAAGCAGCAUUUGUUGGACUCGCUGCAGGUGCAGCAGCUGUUCCGCGACCUCGAGGACGAGGCCGCCUGGAUACGCGAGAAGGAACCGAUUGCCGCAUCGACGAAUCGCGGCCGGGAUCUGAUUGGUGUCCAGAAUCUGAUUAAGAAACAUCAGGCUGUGCUCGCGGAGAUCAACAAUCAUGAGGCGCGCCUGCUGAAUGUCAUAAGCUCGGGCGAGAAUAUGCUCAAGGAUCAGCCAUUCGCCAGCGACGAUAUACGCCAGCGCCUCGAGGCACUGCAGGAGCAGUGGAACACGCUGCGCGAGAGGUCGAAUCAGCGCAAACAGGAUCUGGACGAUUCGCUGCAGGCGCAUCAAUACUUUGCCGAUGCCAACGAGGCGGAGUCGUGGAUGCGCGAAAAGGAGCCGAUUGCCACGGGCAGUGACUAUGGCAAGGACGAGGACUCUUCGGAGGCGCUGUUGAAGAAGCAUGAGGCACUCGUCUCCGAUCUGGAAGCCUUCGGCAACACUAUCCAGGCGUUGCAGGAGCAGGCCAAGAACUGUCGUCAGCAGGAAACGCCCGUCGUCGACAUUACCGGCAAGGAGUGCGUCGUAGCGCUCUACGACUACACGGAGAAAUCGCCGCGCGAGGUGUCCAUGAAGAAGGGCGACGUCCUCACGCUGCUCAACUCAAACAACAAGGACUGGUGGAAGGUGGAGGUCAAUGAUCGGCAAGGCUUCGUACCGGCCGCCUACAUCAAGAAGAUCGAGGCUGGACUCAGUGCCUCACAGCAGAACCUCGUGGACAACCAUUCGAUUGCCAAGCGCCAGAAUCAGAUCAAUUCUCAGUACGAUAAUCUCUUGGCCCUGGCCCGCGAGCGCCAGAACAAGCUGAACGAGACCGUGAAGGCGUAUGUGCUGGUGCGUGAGGCAGCCGACUUGGCUCAAUGGAUACGCGACAAGGAAAACCAUGCCCAGAUUGCCGAUGUCGUCGGCGAGGAUCUCGAGGAGGUUGAGGUGCUGCAGAAGAAGUUCGACGACUUCAAUGACGAUCUCAAGGCCAACGAGGUGCGUCUAGCGAACAUGAACGAAAUUGCCGUUCAGCUGACAUCGCUCGGCCAGACGGAGGCGGCCCUCAAGAUCCAGACCCAGAUGCAGGAUCUCAACGAGAAGUGGAACAAUCUGCAGACCUUGACCGCCGAGAAGGCCAGCCAGCUGGGCUCCGCGCACGAAGUGCAGCGUUUCCAUCGCGACAUUGACGAGACCAAGGACUGGAUAGCCGAGAAGGCGAACGCUCUCAACAACGACGACCUGGGCAAAGAUUUGCGCAGCGUUCAGACGCUGCAGCGCAAACAUGAGGGCGUCGAGCGCGACCUGGCGGCCCUGCGCGACAAGAUCCGCCAGCUGGACGAGACCGCCAAUCGCCUGAUGCAAUCGCAUCCGGACACCGCCGAACAGACCUAUGCCAAGCAGAAGGAGAUCAACGAGAUGUGGGAUCAGAUCAUUACCAAGUCGACGGCGCGCAAGGAAAAGCUGCUGGACUCGUACGACCUGCAGCGCUUCCUCAGCGACUAUCGCGAUCUGCUCGCUUGGAUCAACUCCAUGAUGAGCCUGGUCACCUCUGACGAGCUGGCCAACGAUGUGACUGGCGCCGAGGCGCUUAUCGAACGUCAUCAGGCACAUCGUGCUGAAAUUGAGUUCACGCUGGGCAGCAGUUCCGCUCCGGCAGCAGGUGCAUCACCAUCCGGCGACGAGGAACACCGCACGGAGAUCGAUGCACGCGCCGGCACCUUUGGGGCCUUUGAGCAGUUCGGCAAUGAGCUGCUGCAGGCCAAUCAUUAUGCAUCCCCGGAAAUUAAGGAGAAGAUUGAGGAUUUGGCCAAGGCGCGCGAGGAUUUGGAGAAGGCCUGGACCGAGCGUCGCCUACAGCUGGAGCAGAAUCUCGAUCUGCAACUGUACAUGCGCGACUGCGAACUGGCCGAGUCGUGGAUGUCCGCGCGUGAGGCAUUCCUCAAUGCGGACGACGAUGCCAAUGCCGGCGGCAAUGUUGAGGCGUUGAUCAAAAAGCACGAGGACUUCGACAAGGCUAUCAACGGACAUGAGCAGAAGAUAGCUGCCCUGCAAACCGUGGCAGAUCAGCUCAUUGCCCAGAAUCAUUAUGCCUCCAAUCUGGUGGAUGACAAGCGCAAGCAAGUGCUUGAGCGUUGGCGUCACCUAAAGGAGGGCCUAAUCGAGAAGCGUUCACGUCUUGGCGAUGAGCAGACGCUGCAGCAGUUCUCCCGCGAUGCGGACGAGAUUGAGAAUUGGAUAGCUGAAAAGCUCCAGCUGGCCACCGAGGAGAGCUACAAGGAUCCGGCCAACAUACAAUCGAAGCAUCAGAAGCAUCAAGCCUUUGAAGCGGAGCUGGCCGCCAAUGCGGAUCGCAUACAGAGCGUCCUGGCGAUGGGCGGCAAUUUGAUUGACAAAAAACAGUGCAGUGGCUCGGAGGAUGCGGUGCAGAAGCGACUAACCCAAAUAGCCGAUCAGUGGGAAUACCUGACGCACAAGACGACUGAGAAGUCGCUGAAGCUGAAGGAGGCCAAUAAGCAGCGCACGUAUAUUGCUGCUGUCAAGGAUUUGGACUUCUGGUUGGGCGAGGUCGAGAGUUUGUUGACCACUGAGGAUUCUGGUAAGGAUUUGGCGUCUGUCCAAAACCUCAUGAAGAAGCAUCAGUUGGUCGAAGCGGAUAUCGUUGCGCACGAAGACCGCAUCAAGGACAUGAACAACCAGGCCGAUUCCUUGGUCGAAAGCGGUCAAUUCGAUACUGCUGGCAUCCAGGAAAAACGUCAAUCCAUCAACGAGCGCUACGAGCGCAUCUGCAAUCUGGCCGCCCACCGCCAGGCUCGCCUCAACGAGGCUCUCACCCUGCACCAGUUCUUCCGCGACAUCGCCGACGAGGAGAGCUGGAUCAAGGAGAAGAAGUUGCUGGUCGGCUCCGAUGACUAUGGACGCGACUUGACCGGUGUACAGAACCUGAAGAAGAAGCACAAGCGCCUCGAAGCGGAGCUUGGCUCGCAUGAGCCGGCCAUCCAGGCCGUGCAGGAGGCCGGCGAGAAGCUAAUGGAUGUGUCAAAUUUGGGCGUGCCGGAAAUCGAGCAACGCCUGAAGGCCCUGAAUCAGGCUUGGUCCGAACUGAAGAAUCUGGCUGCUACGCGUGGCCAAAAGCUGGACGAGUCGCUGAUCUAUCAGCAGUUCCUGGCCCAGGUCGAAGAGGAGGAGGCCUGGAUCACUGAAAAGCAGCAGCUGCUAUCUGUGGAGGACUACGGUGACUCGAUGGCCGCCGUCCAGGGUUUGCUGAAGAAGCACGAUGCCUUCGAAACCGAUUUUGCCGCCCACAAAGAUCGCUGUUCGCUAAUCUGUGAGCAGGGCAGCGACCUGGUCGAGGCCAAGAACCAUCACGGCGAAUCUAUUGGCCAGCGCUGCCAGCAGCUGCGCAACAAGCUGGAGAACCUCAACGCUCUGGCCGCACGGCGCAAGGGCGCCUUGUUGGACAACUCGGCCUAUCUGCAGUUCAUGUGGAAAGCCGAUGUGGUCGAGAGCUGGAUUGACGACAAGGAGAACUAUGUGCGUUCCGACGAAUACGGACGUGAUCUAUCCACUGUGCAAACGCUUUUAACCAAGCAGGAGACAUUCGAUGCAGGUCUUAAUGCCUUUGAGCAGGAGGGCAUACACAACAUAAGCGCUCUGAAGGAUCAGCUGAUUAAUGCUAAUCACGCCCAGUCACCGGCCAUACUGAAGCGUCACGGAGACGUGAUCGCCCGUUGGCAGAAGCUGCGGGAUGCGUCGGAUACGCGAAAACAGCGUUUGCUGGCCAUGCAAGAGCAGUUCCGCCAAAUCGAGGAACUCUACUUGACAUUUGCCAAGAAAGCUUCGGCCUUCAAUUCUUGGUUCGAAAAUGCCGAGGAGGAUCUCACGGAUCCUGUUCGCUGCAAUUCGAUCGAAGAAAUACGCGCCCUGCGUGACGCGCACGCACAAUUCCAAGCGUCUCUCUCAUCGGCCGAAGCUGACUUUAAGGCAUUGGCAGCGCUCGACCAGAAGAUCAAGAGCUUUAAUGUUGGACCAAAUCCGUACACCUGGUUCACCAUGGAAGCUCUUGAGGAGACCUGGCGUAAUCUGCAAAAGAUCAUAGAGGAACGCGAUGGCGAACUUGCCAAGGAGGCCAAGCGCCAAGAGGAGAACGACAAGCUGCGCAAGGAGUUCGCCAAGCACGCCAAUCUCUUCCAUCAGUGGCUAACCGAAACUAGAUAUUAUAUGCUGGGUUAUAAUCGUCAAGGAACCUCAAUGAUGGAAGGCUCCGGUUCGUUGGAACAGCAACUGGAGGCGCUUCGCGUCAAGGCCACGGAGGUGCGUGCCCGUCGCGUUGAUCUGAAGAAAAUCGAAGAACUCGGCGCCUUAUUGGAGGAGCACUUGAUUCUGGAUAAUCGCUACACGGAACACUCGACGGUGGGUCUGGCCCAGCAAUGGGAUCAGCUGGACCAGCUGUCGAUGCGCAUGCAACACAAUCUGGAGCAACAGAUACAGGCGCGCAACCAUUCGGGCGUCUCGGAGGAUUCGCUCAAGGAAUUCUCGAUGAUGUUCAAGCACUUCGACAAGGACAAGAGCGGCAAGCUAAACCAUCAAGAGUUCAAGUCCUGUCUACGCGCGCUCGGCUACGAUCUGCCCAUGGUUGAAGAGGGUCAGCCCGAUCCAGAAUUUGAGGCCAUAGUCGAUGUGGUCGAUCCCAACCGCGACGGCUAUGUCUCGCUGCAGGAGUACAUUGCAUUCAUGAUUUCGAAGGAAACCGAGAACGUGCAGUCCUACGAAGAAAUCGAGAAUGCCUUCCGCGCGAUCACUGCCGCCGACCGCCCCUACGUCACCAAGGAGGAGCUCUACUGCAACCUCACCAAGGACAUGGCGGACUAUUGCGUGCAGCGCAUGAAACCUUUCUCGGAACCGCGCUCUGGCCAGCCCAUCAAAGAUGCUUUAGAUUACAUAGAUUUCACGCGAACGCUAUUCCAGAAUUAAAUUGCGUUUCCUUCAAAUGGCGCCUGAGAAAAUGUCUUGCAACUUAUUUCUAAAAAAAAAAAACAAAAAUAUUACAAACAUAUAUUUACACGAUUUUUUUCGAUCAUUUUUAGUAUCUAAGCCAACAGAAAUAUGCUUAUUUAAGAAUUAAUGCCACAAUGAGCCCAAAACAAAACAAUAAUCGAGCACUUUUAACACAUUUGGUAGCUUUUGCAUUUAUAUAUUCCCGUAUUCAUCUAUCUCCCAAGUGGUAUCUUAAACUUUGACAUGACAAAACGUAGUAUCUGUCUAUAUAUAAUCAAAAUAUAUAAAAAUGCUUAUAAACCAGAUUAUACGCCGCAUCCUAGCGAAAUGCUUGGCUCUAUAAAUAUACUACCCAAAACUUUCGAAA